GCUCAGGUGAGGAGGCCGCCGCCGGGGCCCCGCCGCGCCUCCGACGACCAGUAGGUUUCUUUAAAAGGGAUUGGAGAGAAUAAGCCAAAAUGCCAGAAAACCCUGCUACAGAUAAGAUGCAGGUCCUCCAGGUCCUUGAUCGCCUGAGAAUGAAACUGCAGGAGAAAGGGGACACGUCGCAGAAUGAGAAACUGUCCAUGUUUUAUGAGACCCUGAAGAGUCCUCUCUUCAGCCAGAUACUCACACUUCAGCAGUCCAUCAGGCAGCUGAAGGGGCAACUUGGCCACAUCCCCUCAGCUUGCACAGCCAACUUUGAGUUUUCUAAGAAAGGUUUGCUAGUGUUCACAGAUGGCUCCAUUGCAAAUGGGAAUGUCCAUGGGCCCUGUAAUAAUUUAGCUCCAAAGUCAGGAAAUGAAGACUUUCACUCAGUCAUUCAACAGAUGGCUCAGGGCCGACAAGUUGAGUAUAUUGAUAUAGAGCGUCCUUCAACUGGAGGCCUUGGGUUUAGUGUGGUUGCCCUUCGAAGCCCAAGUCUGGGAGAAAUUAGUCUCUUUGUGAAGGAAGUCCAUCCUGGGAGCAUAGCCGCCAGGGAUCAAAGAUUAAAGGAAAAUGACCAGAUUUUGGCUAUUGAUCAUACCCCACUGGACUGGACUGUUUCCCAUCAGCAAGCAGUCGCCUUACUGCAGCAAAACACUGGGGCUCUGCGUCUGGUUGUGGCCAGGGAAGCAGGCAGCGGCCCAGCUCCUACCCGCUCACGUGACAGGACUCUCCUGGAAACAGUUUGUUGGGGCCAUACUGAAGAUGUUGAGCUCAUUAAUGAUGGCUCUGGCUUAGGUUUUGGAAUAGUUGGAGGAAAGUCAAGUGGCGUGGUUGUGAGGACAAUUGUUCCUGGAGGAUUGGCAGAUCGAGAUGGACGACUACAGACAGGGGAUCACAUCUUGAAGAUUGGCAGCACAAAUGUGCAGGGAAUGACCAGUGAACAAGUUGCCCAAGUGCUGAGGAACUGUGGGAAUUCGGUUAGAAUGCUUGUGGCUAGAGACCCCAUUGGUGAAAUAUCAUCGAUGCCUCCUACCCCUACGUCCUUACCUGUUGCCUUGCCUGCUGUAGUUAAUAGGAGUCCUGCUUUGGACAAUUCUUCUCUUUUUGAAACUUAUAAUGUUGAACUUGUUAAGGAAGAUGGACAAAGUCUUGGGAUUAGAAUUGUUGGCUAUGUUGGAACAACUCAUACAGGGGAAGCUUCAGGGAUUUAUGUGAAGAGUUUAAUUCCUGGCAGCGCUGCCUACCACAAUGGCCAGAUUCAAGUGAAUGACAAGAUCAUUGCUGUGGAUGGUGUGAAUAUUCAGGGGUUUGCCAACCAGGAUGUUGUGGAAGUGUUACGAAAUGCAGGGCAGGUGGUGCACCUAACACUGGUUCGCAGGACAGCCUCAUCUGCAUCUCCAUUGGAACAGACUUCAGAUAGAGGAGCUGUGGUUGAACCCCUAAGAACACCAGUCCUCCUGGCUAGAGAUGUGGAAACAGAAAUGGAUUUGGAGGUUGAAGAUGAAGAAAUUGGAGAAAGAUUGGAUAAUUUUAAAAAGGACAACAUGCAAGCCUUUGAAAAAUCAGAUGUAUGUCCAGAAAAAGUACCAGGCUUUCUAGAAAAUGAGCUGAAAACCAGAUGGGAAAACCUAUUGGGCCCUGAGUAUGAAAUAAUGGUAGCUACGUUGGAUACACAGAUUGCAGAUGAUGCUGAGCUACAGGAGUAUUCAAAGCUCCUGCCCAUCCAUACUCUGAGGCUUGGUGUGGAAGUGGAUUCUUUUGAUGGGCACCAUUAUAUCUCUUCCAUUGUUCCUGGUGGUCCUGUGGACACACUGAACCUUCUUCAGCCAGAGGAUGAACUUCUAGAGGUCAAUGGUCUGCAGCUUUAUGGGAAAUCUCGCCGAGAAGCAGUCUCUUUUCUUAAAGAAGUACCACCCCCUUUCACCUUGGUUUGCUGUCGCCGGCUGUUUGAUGAUGAGGCCUCUGUUGAUGAGCCAAGGACAACUGAAGGUUCACUUCUCCAGACAGAGGUUAAUCACAGUGCAGAUGUCAACACCGAGGAGGAUGAUGAUGGGGAAUUAGCCCUGUGGUCUCCGGAAGUCAAGACUGUUGAACUAGUGAAAGACAGUAAAGGCUUGGGCUUCAGCAUUCUGGAUUACCAGGACCCCUUGGACCCCACGAGGUCAGUGAUUGUGAUUCGCUCCCUGGUAGCAGAUGGUGUAGCAGAAAGAAGUGGAGAACUUUUACCCGGAGACCGCCUGGUCUCAGUCAAUGAGUACUCCUUGGAUAAUAGCACCCUUGCAGAGGCCGUAGAGGUACUGAAGGCUGUGCCUCCAGGCACUGUGCACCUCGGGAUCUGCAAGCCUUUGGUGGAAGAUGAAAAAGAAGAAAGUUAUGUUUUACAUUUAAACAACAAUCAAGACAAUGCUGAACUUUGGGGAACAAUGCAUGACAUCAAUUCAUCUUUAAUACUUGAAGCACCUAAGGGAUUUAGAGAUGAACCGUAUUGUAAAGAACUUGUGGAUGAGCCAUUUCUAGAUUUGGGGAAGUCUUUCCAGUACCAGCAAAAAGAAAUAGACACUAGCAAGGAGGCCUGGGAGAUGCAGGAGUUCCUGAGUCCUCAGGUGGAGGACAUGGGUGAAGAGCGAGAGAUGCUUGUUGAUGAGGAAUGUGAACUCUAUGAAGAUCACCUCCAGUCCAUGGAUCUGUACCCCCCAUCACAUGCUGGAGAUGCCUCCAGGCAGGAAUUGCAGUUUGGUGCACAGUGGUCGCUUGACAACAUAUCAGGAGGUGAACCCCCUGAGUCUCAUGACACAGGGCCUCUGAGAAGUGUGUAUUCCCAGGAGGCACAGCAGUAUGGCUGUAGCACCGAAGACAUGAUGAAAGAAACCUUCAGCCUUGAUUCCCAAUCAUCUCUAUCCUCUGGUGAAGGAAACGGGCAGCAUAGCAGACUUGAUCUUGAACCCCUUCAUUCAUUACUGCAAAGCAGCCUUGAUUUAGGCAUGAUGAUUCCAAGUGAUGCCCAAGGUGCUGGAGUGCUUGCUGAUCUUCCUGCUGUGGCUCCAAGAAGGGAGCAAGAAGACUUGCCUCUAUAUCAGCUCCCUCAGCCCAGAGCUCUUGCAAAGCCUUCCAUGUAUGCAGGAAUGUUGUCUUCUAGAUAUGUCACUGCUGCAUGUGAGUUACCUGAGCGAGAAGAAGGUGAAGGAGAAGAAACCCCAAACUUCAGCCAUUGGGGUCCGCCACGAGUUGUUGAGAUUUUUAGAGAGCCCAAUGUGUCUCUUGGCAUCAGCAUUGUUGGUGGACAGACUGUGAUAAAACGCCUGAAGAAUGGGGAGGAGCUUAAAGGAAUAUUUAUCAAACAAGUUCUGGAAGACAGUCCUGCAGGAAAAAACAAUGCGCUUAAAACUGGAGAUAAAAUACUUGAGGUAUCUGGCAUAGAUUUGCAGAAUGCCUCCCAUGCAGAAGCAGUUGAGGCCAUUAAGAAUGCAGGAAACCCUGUGGUGUUUGUGGUUCAGAGCUUGUCGGCUACUCCAAGAGUCAUUGCUAAUGUGCAUAACAAGAGCAACAAAACUGUCAGUGACCAGGACCAAGACAUCCAAGAAAGAAAAGAAAAGAGGCAUGGAACAGCUCCCCCUCCCCUGCAGCUGCCUCCUCCAUACAGAGCCUCAUCUUCAGACCGUGAUGAAGAUGAAGAAGAAGGUGCAGCGACUGACAAAAAAAUAAGGCAACGAUAUGCUGAUCUGCGUGGGGAAUUGCACAUUAUCGAGUUGGAAAAGGAUAAGAAUGGACUGGGACUCAGCCUUGCUGGUAAUAAAGACCGGUCACGGAUGAGCAUAUUUGUAGUGGGAAUUAACCCUGAAGGACCUGCCGCCACAGACGGACGACUACACAUUGGAGAUGAGCUGUUAGAGAUAAACAAUCAGAUCCUGUAUGGAAGAAGUCACCAAAAUGCAUCUGCCAUUAUUAAGACUGCACCAUCCAAGGUUAAGCUGGUUUUCAUCAGAAAUGAAGAUGCUGUCAAUCAAAUGGCUGUUGCUCCCUUCUCGUUAUCAUCAAGCUCUCCGUUAUCUGUUGAGGAUCAGGGUGGCACCAAGCCUGUCAGUACUGAGGAAGACAGAAGUCUGGAAGCUACUAUGAAACAACUGCCUGAAAGCAAAAGCUCCAAGCUGGCUGCCAGCCAGAUGAAACAGCAAAACUCCAUGCCCGAAGCCUCUUUCAGUUCACAAGUGUUCCAGUCGGCACCACCUCCCUUGUACCAGUUGGCAGAUUCAGACCUCCCAGGCUCUGGUGGUUUUGAGGCUCCUCUCUCAAUGGACCCUGCAACAUGUCCAAUUGUCCCUGGCCAGGAGAUGAUCAUAGAAAUAUCUAAGGGACACUCAGGGCUUGGUCUCAGCAUCGUAGGAGGAAAGGACACACCCUUGGAUGCUAUAGUUAUCCAUGAAGUCUAUGAAGAAGGAGCAGCCGCCCGAGAUGGAAGACUAUGGGCUGGAGACCAGAUACUUGAGGUUAAUGGGGUCAAUCUGAGGAGCUGCAGCCACGAGGAAGCCAUCACAGCCCUGAGGCAGACACCCCAGAAGGUGCAGCUGGUGGUGUACAGAGAUGAGGCGCACUACAGAGAUGAGGAGAACUUGGAGAUGUUUCCUGUGGAUCUACAGAAGAAGACUGGUCGCGGACUGGGCCUGAGCAUCGUUGGGAAACGGAAUGGAAGUGGAGUGUUUAUUUCUGACAUUGUAAAAGGCGGAGCUGCAGACCUGGAUGGGAGGUUGAUUCAGGGAGACCAGAUCUUGUCUGUGAAUGGGGAAGACACAAGAAAUGCCUCACAAGAGACAGUAGCUGCCAUCCUAAAGUGUGCCCAGGGACUUGUGCAACUAGAGAUUGGGAGACUCCGAGCCGGUUCCUGGGCCUCCUCAAGGAAGACCUCGCAAAACAGCCAGGGGACUCAGCACAGUACACACAGCAGCGGCCGGCCUUCCCUGGGUCCUGUCAUUGCCAGCCUGCAAAACUUGGUGGGCAACACGGAAGCUUCGGAUCCUUCCCAGAAAAGUUCAGGCACAGAUGUGGGACCACGGACUGUUGAAAUAAUCAGAGAAUUCAGCGAUGCCCUUGGAAUCAGUAUUGCUGGAGGAAAAGGCAGUCCUUUAGGAAAUAUCCCCAUAUUCAUUGCCAUGAUUCAGGCCAGUGGAGUGGCUGCACGAACACAGAAGCUUAAGGUCGGAGACCGGAUCGUGAGCAUCAAUGGGCAGCCCCUGGACGGGCUGUCUCACACAGAAGCGGUUCAUCUGCUGAAGAAUGCCUUUGGGCGCAUUAUCCUGCAGGUUGUGGCAGACACCAAUAUAAGUGCCAUAGCAACUCAGCUUGAAAACAUGUCCACUGGCUCCCCCACUGCUGAUCACCACCAGGAAGACACAGCAACACCUCCACCUAAGAUUAUAACUUUGGAGAAAGGCUCGAGAGGAUUGGGGUUUAGUAUUGUAGGGGGUUAUGGAAGUCCCCAUGGAGACCUGCCAAUUUAUGUCAAGACUAUAUUUGCCAAGGGAGCAGCUGCAGAUGAUGGCCGAUUAAAACGAGGGGACCAGAUUUUAGCUGUCAAUACUGAGACCCUAGAAGGUGUCACUCACGAGCAAGCUGUUGACAUUCUGAAACAACAGAAAGGGACCGUCACCUUAACUGUGCUGCCAUGAGUCCGACUUGACUACCAGGCACAUGGGGUUAGAAUGUGCGUAGGAGGAUGAAGUUUCUCUGGAAGUGGGAAUGAAAAGACGCGUCGUCUGAAGCUCACCGCGGCCCUCACCACCUCCCUCACCCCCGCACCACCCUGUGGAGGGCUGAAGCCUCAGCAGCCAUCUGCCCGAGGGGUCCUAGCUUCUGAGAGUUAACUUCUCCAACUUGACACUUCCUGCAUUGCACUUAACAUCAGUGUUUGCCAGCCAGUAGUUAUUAGUUCCAAUUCUGUUUGCUGAAACUGGAGCUAAUAGCCUCAUGUUCCUUCUGCUUCACCCCUUCUUCAUACACAAAUAUAAUAGCAAGCUAAGACUUCAUUGAAUGCACAGAAACAAGUUUUUCAACUUGUCAUCUCAUUCAUGAUUUAUUUAUGCUAAUUUGCCUCUUCAAGUAAGCCAGAAAACAUCAGUGUAAUUAACUUCCCCAAGAUGAACUACCCAUGUUCUCCUAAGGGAAAUCACUGUAUUCUCUUCUGUAUAACUCAUAGUCAAGUAAAUCUCAACUUCAUUUCUCUGGGUAGAUCUUUGUAUGUUAGUCAUUGCUGAUUUUGAUGAGUCAAUUUAAAGGCUGUAAUCUUCUGAAAAUUCUGAGAGGCUUUUUAAUUGUUUUCUGAACUACAUGAUGCAUCCCAUUGAGCAAAUGCACCUUGUUCUCCAUAGGAGCAAUUUGCCUCCUUGUUCUGAAUCCCAAUAAUGUCAGCGUAUGUUAGUGUGUGGGAGGCUUAUCCAGAGUUCAAGUCUGGUUUCAUUCCCUCCUCUCAGUCUGCAGAUGAAAAGGUAGAAACCCUUGAACCACAUUGCAAAGAGCAGCACGUUUUGCCUCCAGCUGGUAGAUAGGUCUGGUGGCCUUGUGAGAGUAGAGUGACGAGUGUGAUUGCCCUUUCCUUCCCGUCCAUACCAGCCGGCGCAGCAGUACAGGCUGCAGCAACUACAUGUAACAACUUGCUUCCCUCAAGUGACUGGGCCAGAGCCUGAGCCUGGCAAUAGGUGAUGGAAAUGCUCAGCUCAUGGUUUCCACUCGCAGAAAGCCUCCCAUUGGCUGAAGUUCUGCAUGCCAUAAAAGCAGCUAAGUUGAUUAUAAAUGUUGUUCAGACAUUAGCUGCAAAAAGAAAGAAAUGCUCAUUGGCUCUGCUGUAGGGUCUUCUACUAAAGUAACAUGAAGGAUAAGUAAAGGGUCAGUGAUAGACAUACUUAGCACUAUCUAACUUCAACUCAGUGAUACAAAUUGUGCACAGUAAUUACCAAAAUGUAAUCAUCUUUAAUAUGUAUAGAUUUUAAUAGAGCUUGACAUAUGAUUAGAUGUAAUCACAAAGUGCAUUGACUGAUUGGAAUAUGUUGUGGCUAUUCCAGAGUGCCUAAAUUGUAUGUUGAAAAUGUGUUUCAUAAUAGGUAUUAGUUUCCUGAGAUCAUAUAAGGUGUUCAGAAUUUCUAGUGUAUCCACCAUGUGUGCAUCUGAGAGGAUCUCUUCUAGGGCAGGAGAAGCUGCCAGCCUCAGAGUGUCCUGUGCUCAUUGUAAGCCUCAACAGCCCAGAUGAAAUGAAGCCAAAUAACACCUGAAAAUGCACCUUAAAAAUAUACAUACAUAUAUAUAAUGCUUUUGAAAAUGUGAUUCUGCUUGAUUUUAGUGAAAUGGCAUUAAAUACACAUUUUUAAAUAA